AGCUUAACAAUAAAAUUUCACGAGUACUCUAAUAAGAAGAGAAUAGUUCAUAGUGUCAAUUCUCCGCCCAACGUACUCCUAACUACCGUGGUUUCCGUAUGUAGACGAACAGCUCUCGUGGUCGACUCCACAUGGCUACCUAGCCAGCUAGCUAGCCAACCCACAAACCAUGCUAGCUAGCAUUAGCAUUCACAGGUUAAAUACUGCUACCGGAUAGCUUUGCCGGCUCCUGGCUUAUCUCCAAUUGUAGUCUCUGUAGCAAACCACAAGUUGCAGUCGGAUAUUUAUUUUCUUACCAGGUUGUGUUGUGGUCUAACAUUAUUAUAUAUGUCGACAGUCUGACUAAAUUGGGCCUUAGCUAGCACCAAUCUGCUGUACUGUUACUGCCAGGACAGAUGGACAGAUAACUCACUUUAGCUAGCCAAGUAAAUGUUAGCUGUAACGUUUGUGGAGCUAACUGUACCCAGGAGCAUUGGAUAAACUGUGUGAAGAGUGGGGAAUCUCAUGUAAAGUCAUGUUUGUUAAAUGACACCUUUUUAAUUUUGACUCGCCUUUUCAGUCUGUUAUAGCAUCAGAGUAUGGGCAGUGUGUUGGCUGCCGCUUCCCCCAGUCCAGCUCCAGCUGCAGCUGGAGGUGCUCAAGGGGUCCCAGGUUUGGUGUCUGUCCCUCCAGGGUUCAGUAUGCCCUCAGUGUCUUCCAUCCCUCCAACAUCUGGAUCUGGCCAGCAGACAUCAGAAGCAGAUUCCCCACUCCCAAACCCGGGCACAUAUGAGGAGUGCCACCGCAAAUGUAAAGAGGUGUUUCCUCUGCAGAUGGAAGGGGUGCGGUUAGUGGUCAACAAGGGCCUGAGUAACCACUUCCAGGUCAGCCAUACUAUUACCCUCAGUACCCAGGGUGAUUCUGGUUAUCGAUUUGGUGCUACCUACGUAGGAAGUAAACAGACUGGACCAACAGAGUCAUUCCCAGUCAUAGUCGGAGAUAUGGACAAUACUGGCAGUUUGAAUGCCCAGGUCAUCCACCAGCUCACAACUGCUUUGCGCUCCAAAAUAGCCAUCCAGACUCAGCAGCAAAAGUUUGUGAAUUGGCAGUGUGACAUGGAGUAUCGUGGUCAAGACUUCACCUCUGCUGUGACGCUCGGAAAUCCAGAUGUACUUGUCGGAUCUGGCAUUUUGGUUGCCCACUAUCUCCAGUCUAUCACACCAGCGCUGGCUCUGGGUGGUGAGCUGGUGUACCACAGGAGACCAGGGGAGGAAGGAACUGUCACCUCCCUAGCGGGCAGAUACACAGGUAACAACUAUGUUGCUACAUUGACUUUGGGAGGCACAGGAGGUCAUGCCACAUACUAUCACAAAGCCAAUGAUCAGUUGCAGAUAGGAGUUGAAUUUGAAGCCAGCACAAGGAUGCAAGACACCACAACAUCCUUCGGUUACCAGCUGGACCUUCCCAAAGCAAACCUGCUCUUUAAAGGUACAAUUGAUAGUAACUGGGUGGUAGGGGCAACUCUUGAGAAGAAACUGGUGCCGCUGCCUCUCACACUGGCCUUAGGGGCUUUCCUCAACCAUCGCAAGAACAAGUUCCAGUGUGGCUUUGGUGUCACCAUUGGCUAGAGGUCUGGGGUCUGCCUGGAGCCGUCUUGCAGGCCAGAGCUUGGACCGCACAGAGACACACAGGAACCUGGACUAAGUUUUUGAAAUGGGAUUCAGAGACUCUUACAACUGUGAUUUCUGGGGCAGACAGAGAGACAAAGACAACUACCACGAAGCCAGGACUGGCCAAGCCAUGCCUACAUACUGUAGCACAAAUGUCUUUUCUUUAUGGUGUAUUGGAUAUACCCAGAGGCUAGGGAUGUACAUCAGAGGGCAUCCGGUGAUGCAUGAGAACAUGUGAUGUGAAAAUCAAAGUAAGUGGUUAGACAUAUAAUAUAUGGUGAUCAUGUACGAUGGAUUGAAAUAAAUGUGAUUACUUUUUGUAAAACUAGAUGUUGUGAUUACUUAUAGAAGAACUAGGUAUAAAGUGC